AUGGUCGCUUCGGCAGAUCAAGUGUUCUCCGUCCCGGUGUUCCUCGUGGUGUUCCGCGAGACACUCGAGACAGUCAUCAUCGUCUCGGUGCUCUUGGCUUUCCUCAAGCAGACCCUCGACGGUCCGAACCGAGAUGUCAAGGUGUACAAGACGCUCGUCAAGCAGGUGUGGUUUGGUGUAGGACUAGGCUUCUUAAUUUGCCUCGUAGUCGCCGGUGGGCUGAUCGGCGCCUUCUACACCGUGGGUAGAGACGCUUGGGAUACAAACGAAUACUACUACGAAGGCGCCUUCGCCGUCUUCGCAUCCCUCAUCAUCAGUGUCGUCGGCGUCGCCCUUCUUCGAGUCGGCAAGAUGCAAGAGAAGUGGCGGGUCAAGCUGGCGAAAGCGCUUGAGGCCCCGUUGAAGACAACCAGUCGUCGAAGCGGGUGGCUCAAGCAUUUCGGCGAGAAGUAUUCGAUGUUCAUAUUGCCAUUCAUCACGGUAUUGCGGGAGGGUAUCGAAGCAAUCGUCUUCAUCGCCGGUGUUUCCUUCUCAGCUCCAGCGACCGCUGUCCCGUUGGCCGUAGUGGUCGGGCUGAUCGUGGGUUCACUCGCUGGCUACGCCCUAUACAGAGGCGGCACUACAGCGAAGCUGCAGUACUUCUUGAUUGUCUCGACCUGCCUGCUUUACCUCGUCGCCGCGGGUCUCUUCUCCCGUGCCGUCUGGUAUUUCGAGGCGCAGCAAUGGAACAAUAUCGUUGGGUCAGACGCUGCUGAGCUGGGAGACGGGCCUGGGUCGUAUGACAUUGGCAAGAGCGUCUGGCAUGUGAACUGUUGUAACCCGGAGAACGGUGGUGGCGGCGGUUGGGGAAUCUUCAAUGCCAUUCUCGGAUGGACGAACUCGGCCACUUACGGCUCGGUAAUAUCUUACAACCUCUAUUGGAUCACAAUGGCGCUCUCAUUUGCGGUCAUGAGGUACCGCGAAAUGAAGGGUCAUUGGCCGUUGUUGAAAGCGAAGCAGGGCACAGCCAGCACGGUUGACCAUCACAGCGGAUCCAGCGAAGACACCGCGGUCACUAGCAGUGGCACCAAACGUCAGGUCUCUGAGAUGACAACAAUAGCUUAA